AUGUCAGAGGCAGAGGUCAAGAAGGAAGAAGGGGACGAGUGCUGCGCCGCUGGCCACAGAGCCAGGGUGGCACGUGGCAGAUCUGACUCGAUAUCUGACAUGUUCGCUGGCACUCUUGAUCUGGGCGCUCUGGCCACCACUCCCGGAUCAUGGCUGGAGGCUGGAACAGAAGAAGCUUCACAAUCCUCGAGGGCAGAAAUACACUAUUCUCCCAAGCCACAUCCCUGGGCCUCAGCUAUCAACUUGUUGCCCGCAAACAUUCCUCUGUCCGUCGACGAUGGUAUUUUUGGAGCACAGGAUACCGGGCUCCGCACUCCCUCAGUGGCGGUGGGCAGACGCUUCGAAACACUCACAAGCGAAGUUGACGAAGACAGACAGAUAAGGUCAAAGGGCCUCACCGCUCCUCUAUCAGUCGCACAGUCGUUGCACAAUAUUGUGAAUGUCAACCUGGACCAAGUCAUUGAAGAGGGUAUCAGUGAGGGCUGGAGGGAACGCAUCCACAACCCGAGGCAAGAAAACCUCUUUGCGCCUGGCCCACCAGAUAUGUCUAAAGCCACCUCACAAGGUCAAGAGCUGGGUUCCCCAAUCUGCUGGCUUGACUCAAAACACAGAGUGGAAGGCUAA